AUGGAGGACAACCGCCAUUUCUACCGUAUCCCGAAACGCCCGCAAGUGUUGCGUCAGCGCUGGCUGAGCGCGAUUGGACGAACUGAAGAGACGGUGGUGUCACAGCUUCGUAUCUGCUCGGCUCAUUUUGAAGGAGGAGAAAAACGUGAAGGUGACAUUCCGGUUCCCGAUCCAACUGUCGACAAACAGAUCAAAAUCGAACUUCCUCCGAAGGAGAAUAAGAGUGAAGAUCGGCGAAGAAAACAGCAAGUGCCUUCAAGAUUUUCCGGCGACUCAUCAGCAAGUGGCAGUCCGUCGUACUUGAAGAAGAAUCGAAGCAUCCGAGACUUCUAUCUACCAUUAUCGUCCACACCGACAUUUGAUCCAUCGCACAGCCCGCACCAACCACCAGCUACUACCAUCACUGAUCCCAAACAAACAUUGAAUGAUAUUUUAAGUAUGGCAAGCGCUGCUAGAAUGAACGCCCCAUCCGGAUCAAGACCAUUAGUUGCACUACUUGAUGGAAGAGACUGCGCCAUUGAGAUGCCGAUUCUCAAAGAUGUCGCUACCGUAGCCUUCUGCGAUGCUCAAUCAACGCAGGAAAUUCAUGAAAAGGUAUUGAAUGAGGCAGUUGCUGCUCUAAUGUACCACUCUAUCAAACUUGGGCGCGAGGAUUUGGAGAAAUUCAAACUGUUGAAAGUUGUGUUCCGGAUCGGAAAUGGAAUUGACAAUAUUGAUGUCAAAGCGGCAACAGAGCUCGGUAUUGCCGUGUGUCACGCUGAAGGCGACUAUGUGGAAGACGUUGCCGACUUCACAUUGUCUCAAAUGCUCAACCUCUAUCGCCGCACAUUUUGGCAGGCGAAAGCCGUAAUUGAUGCGCGGAAGCCAAUAACAGCGGAUCAAGUGCGUGAUACAGCUGUCGGAACCCGCCGAAUGCGCGGAAGCGUUUUGGGAUUAUUGGGAUGUGGACGUGUCGGUACGGCGGUUGGACUUCGUGCAAAAGCAUUCGGAAUGCAAGUGAUCUUCUAUGAUCCAUUUGUUCGCGAGGGAACCGAUCGGGCUCUGGGAUUCGAGCGAAUCCGAAAUUUGGACGAAUUCUUCGCGAGACUUGAUUGCCUCUCUCUUCAUUGUCCCGUUAAGGAUGACACCCGCCAAAUCAUCAACACUGUGACAUUGAAGCAAAUGCGCCCAGGAUGCUUCAUUAUCAAUACAAGCGAACCCGGUCUAAUAUGCGAGACUGCUCUUGCCAAUGCUCUUAAAACGGGUCAUGUUCGCGCUGCAGCCUUGGACUCGCAUGAAUCAAUUCCGACGGAUGCCAAUCCACUGAAUCCACUGCACAAUGUUCCAAAUCUUAUUAACACUCCAAGAGCUGCUUGGAUGAAUGAAGCGUCAUGCAAGGAGUUGAGAAUUGUGGCUGCCAAGGAAAUAAGAAAGGCGUUGACAGGAAGAUGCCCACAGGAUCUCUUGUACUGUGUUAACCGCGAUGCUGUGAUACAAAAUGGAACCCAAUUACCAAGAAGAACCAGCAACCCACAUCCAUUAAUGAACAUGGGUAAUUUUGGUCUUCCAAGCUUUCCACCAAUCUCGAUGGCGGGUCACUUCCCCUACGCCAAUCCAUUGCUGGCCAUGGGAGCUCAAAUGGGAGCUCUCAAUCCGCUGCUCAUGAACAAUGCGGCGCUGGCGCAGUUCAAUUCGGCCGCCGCGCUCUCAUCAUUUGCGGCCGCGCAUGCCGCGCAGAAUCAGAGAAACUCGCCGGCAGUGCAAUCAUCUCAAUCGAGCCCGAGCCCGCACACGAACAAAUCAUCGGUGAGCCCAGUGAAUGGAAUUAGUAAAUCGAGUGCACCGUCUCCGGCCAUCAAGAUUGAGCUAUCUCAGCCCAAAGAAGAUGCAGCAAAUGGAAAUAACGGAGAAAUGUGCUCAUCGAUUAGUGGCGAAAGUGGUAGCGAGACCACUGAAAAAGUCAAGAUGGAAGGCGAUGAUGAUGAUCAUCCUAUGGAGAACGAGAUAAUCGAUCGCGGACAAUUGAACAUUGAAAAAUUGGACCAACCAGAAGAGAUUAAUGUCACCAUGAACGGACGUCUGGUGAAUGUCGAUGAUUCAAUGUGCGCUUAA